GAGUGGAUAAGGGAGAGAGGGAAGCAGAGAGAGAGUUCUCCGUACUAUCAACAGCUACAACACAUAUUUAUCUACACAGCUAGACAGAAAGCCCAGGCAGAAGACAAUGAGCGUAAAUGGAAAAGAACCUCCACCCUACAACACACCAGUUGAAGGACAAGGUGAUAGUGGGGUGAAGGUAUAUCAUGUCCAUACCCCCUUCAACCCUCCUUCCUCCACCAUCCCCUCCAGUAACUACUCUGUGUUUCAGUCUCAGUCUCAGGGAAAGCCAGUGUACACCAGUGGAGGAGGUGGUAUUGGAGGAGGUGGGGAAACUCCCACUCAGAAGUUUGUGAGUUAUGACACAGAACUGGGCCGUUCAGAGGGCAUGACCACCUGUACUUCCUGUCAACAACAGGUGAUGACGAACGUGACCUAUAAAGUCGGAGCCUACGCCUGGCUCAUGUGCAUCCUCUUCAUCCUCUGUGGGUUGGUAGUGGGCUGCUGUCUGAUCCCGUUCUUCAUGAAACACUUUAAGGAUGCGUACCACUCCUGUCCUCGUUGCAACCGCAUUAUCCACGUGGACAAGCCACGCUGCUGCUGACCACCCUACCACCACCCACCACUAGGGGAGCUGCUGCUGACCACCCUACCACCACCCAGCGCCCUACCACCACCCAGCGCCCUACCACCACCCACCGCCCUACCACCACCCACCACUAGGGGAGCUGUUGUUGACUGCCAUACCACCACCCACCACUAGGGGAGCUGUUGUUGACUGCCAUACCACCACCCACCACUAGGGGAGCUGCUACUGACCGCCAUACCACCACCCACCACUAGGGGAGCUGCUGCUGACCACCCUACCACCACCCACCACUAGGGGAGCUGCUGCUGACCACCCUACCACCACCCACCACUAGGAGAGCUGCUGCUGACUGCCAUACCACCACCCACCACUAGGAGAGCUGCUGCUGACUGCCCUACCACCACCCACCACUAGGGGAGCUGCUGCUGACUGCCAUACCACCACCCACACUAGGGGAGCUGUUGCUGACUGCCAUACCACCACCCACCACUAGGGGAGCUGUUGCUGACUGCCAUACCAUCGCCCACUACUAGGGGGAGCUGGUGCUGUGGCCAAUAUGCUUUACUACCAGCAGGGGAGCUGUGGCUCUGCUCUCAGUCUGACCACUGGCCACUCUCUCGGUCUGGAUUCCAUUAGAAGAGCACCAGUACAGUGAAAUACCUUUCUCACAGAAAACAUGCUCCCUUUCCCUCAUACCCCCACAGCUCGGUGUAGGAAUUUGAGAGUGGUUAUAUUUAUCCAGCCCCAUCCCUCAGCUGUUUACCAAUGCAGUGGCGGGGUCAGGGUGACCGUUUUUUGGUAGUUCUUUGAAUUGCAGAUUGCCCUUUAAAAUUUUGGGUUUCAAUACGGCUCUUAUCUACACUCUUUCAGAACAGCGAGGGAGAGGAAAAGGGGGGGAUGUUUUCAGAAUGGAAUCCAGCCGAAGGGAGAGACCUCCUAGCAGCAGCCCCACAGAAACCUACAGGAUUUACACAAUCGUAGGAUGAAUCCCAAAAUGGCACCCUACUCCCUAUAUAGUGCACUACGUUCGCGAGGGAGCUAGUACAAAAGUAGUCCACUACAUAGGGAAUAGGGUACAAUUUGGGACACACAUUAGUUUAAAUGCUGACCUAACUUACUGUACCAGAGGGUUGUAAAUAGUAUGAAUCUGUGACCUAUUUUUGUAAAAUAAAAAUAAAAACAAGCUAGCAGAUGAAGACGUGGUAGAGCUCAACCUGGGCCUUGUUCACAAAGGGAGUAGGGUUGCACAGUUCUAGCAACUUACCCAGGUUUCCCACAAACCCCAGGUUGGAAUAUGAGAAGGGAAGAGGGUAGCCUGGGUACCAGUCUGUUAAGAUAUCAUUCCACUCUUUGUCUUGGCAAACAUGGCUUGACAAAGAGUGGAAUGUUAACACACAAACAGACUGGAUUUCUCCAGGCUAGGAAGAGGCAGAACAUAUGGGAAUACGCCAACCGGGAUGUCUGAUUGGUUACCGGACUAUUGCAAGCCCUUGAGUAACCUUAUACAGAACCUUCAGAUAGAAAUGUGUUGUGUAGAACAGACAUGAUUCCCUGGUAAAUGUAUAUCUAUAAUCCCUUGAGUAACCUUAUACAGAACCUUCAGAUAGAAAUGUGUUGUGUAGAACAGACAUGAUUCCCUGGUAAAUGUGUAUCUAUAUUCCCUUGAGUAACCUUAUACAGAACCUUCAGAUAGAAAUGUGUUGUGUAGAACAGACAUGAUUCCCUGGUAAAUGUAUAUCUAUAUUCCCUUGAGUAACCUUAUAUAGAACCUUCAGAUAGAAAUGUGUGUAUCUGUCGGUUUGUCAACCCAGGGCCUUAAUCAAGGGAAUAUAGAUAGUAAUGUAUACAUUUACCAGGGAAUCAUGUCUGUUCUACACAACACAUUUCUAUCUAUAUUCCCUUGAAUAAGGCCCUUGGUUGACCAACCGACAGACAACGAGCCCAAUAUUCAGAUAAUUAUCAUUAUAGCUAUGAUUCCUACAAUCGGGGGUCAUUUAGUGCUCUCCCCAGGUCUCCCCCUUUCAGAAUGCUGUUAUGUACAUAAAGGACUGAACUGGGUGUUUUACCUUGUUAUGUACAUAAAGGACUGAACUGGGUGUUUUACCUUAUUUUAGAAUAAACCAAAUAUGAUUUUAUUGAGAAAACUCAUUCUAACUGUCAACUACAAUGACGCGCAACAUCACACAGCUGACCUGAUGUUCUGUUAUAUUGUGCAACAUCACACAGCUGACCUGAUGUUCUGUUAUAUUGUGCAACAUCACACAGCUGACCUGAUGUUCUGUUAUAUUGUGCAACAUCACACAGCUGACCUGAUGUUCUGUUAUAUUGUGCAACAUCACACAGCUGACCUGAUGUUCUGUUAUAUUGUGCAACAUCACACAGCUGACCUGAUGUUCUGUUAUAUUGUGCAACAUCACACAGCUGACCUGAUGUUCUGUUAUAUUGUGCAACAUCACACAGCUGACCUGAUGUUCUGUUAUAUUGUGCAACAUCACACAGCUGACCUGAUGUUCUGUUAUAUUGUGCAACAUCACACAGCUGACCUGAUGUUCUGUUAUAUUGUGCAACAUCACACAGCUGACCUGAUGUUCUGUUAUAUUGUGCAACAUCACACAGCUGACCUGAUGUUCUGUUAUAUUGUGCAACAUCACACAGCUGACGAGAAAUGGAGUACUGUUAUAUUGCUUAUAUAGAUUAUAUGCCUCUAAUAAAAUAUAUUAUCACUUU